GCCAGAUGCCCUGACAGUCCACCUGUAUUUUCGUUGCCUCCGGUCAGGUCCAUGGAGACCAGCCCAUCCCUGAGGCGCAAGACGGUGAUGCGGGAGAAGGGCCGGCGCCAGGCCGUCCGGGGCCCGGCCUUCAUGUUCAAUGACCGCGGCACCAGCCUCACGGCCGAGGAGGAGCGCUUCCUGGACGCCGCCGAGUACGGCAACAUCCCCGUGGUGCGCAAGAUGCUGGAGGAGUCCAAGACGCUCAACGUCAACUGCGUGGACUACAUGGGCCAGAACGCGCUGCAGCUGGCCGUGGGCAACGAGCACCUGGAGGUGACCGAGCUGCUGCUCAAGAAGGAGAACCUGGCGCGCAUCGGCGACGCGCUGCUGCUGGCCAUCAGCAAGGGCUACGUGCGCAUCGUGGAGGCCAUCCUCGGCCACCCCGGCUUCGCGGCCAGCAAGCGCCUGACGCUGAGCCCCUGCGAGCAGGAGCUGCAGGACGACGACUUCUACGCCUACGACGAGGACGGCACGCGCUUCUCGCCGGACAUCACCCCCAUCAUCCUGGCGGCGCACUGCCAGAAGUACGAGGUGGUGCACAUGCUGCUCAUGAAGGGCGCCCGCAUCGAGCGGCCGCACGACUACUUCUGCAAGUGCGCGGACUGCACGGAGAAGCAGCGGCACGACUCCUUCAGCCACUCGCGCUCCAGGAUCAACGCCUACAAGGGGCUGGCCAGCCCGGCCUACCUGUCUCUGUCCAGCGAGGACCCCGUGCUCACUGCCCUGGAGCUCAGCAACGAGCUGGCCAAGCUGGCCAACAUCGAGAAAGAAUUCAAGAACGACUAUCGGAAGCUGUCCAUGCAAUGCAAAGACUUCGUCGUGGGUGUGCUGGAUCUUUGCCGGGACUCGGAAGAGGUGGAGGCGAUUCUGAACGGAGACCUGGAGUCGGCAGAGCCCGCGGAGGUGCACAGGCACAAGGCUUCGCUGAGCCGUGUCAAACUCGCCAUUAAGUAUGAAGUCAAAAAGUUCGUGGCUCACCCCAACUGCCAGCAGCAGCUCCUGACCAUCUGGUACGAGAACCUCUCCGGCUUGCGGGAACAGACCAUAGCCAUCAAGUGUCUGGUUGUGCUGGUCGUGGCCUUGGGCCUUCCGUUCCUCGCCAUCGGCUACUGGAUGGCACCUUGCAGCCGGCUGGGGAAGGUGCUGCGAAGCCCUUUUAUGAAGUUCGUGGCACACGCUGCCUCCUUCAUCAUCUUCCUGGGCCUGCUCGUGUUCAAUGCCUCAGACCGAUUCGAAGGCAUCACCACGCUGCCAAACGUCACUGUCAUUGACUACCCCAAACAGAUCUUCAGGGUGAAAACCACCCAGUUCACGUGGACUGAGAUGCUGAUUAUGGUCUGGGUUCUCGGCAUGAUGUGGUCCGAAUGUAAGGAGCUGUGGCUGGAGGGGCCGAGGGAGUACAUCCUGCAGCUGUGGAACGUGCUGGACUUUGGGAUGCUGUCCAUCUUCAUCGCCGCGUUCACGGCCAGAUUCCUGGCUUUCCUCCAGGCGACCAAAGCCCAGCGGUACGUGGACAGCUACGUCCAAGAGAGCGACCUCAGCGAAGUGACCCUCCCACCGGAGAUCCAGUACUUCACCUACGCCAGGGAUAAGUGGCUCCCUUCCGACCCUCAGAUCAUAUCCGAAGGCCUCUACGCCAUAGCCGUCGUGCUCAGCUUCUCCCGGAUCGCCUACAUCCUCCCUGCCAACGAGAGCUUUGGCCCCUUACAGAUCUCUCUCGGCAGGACCGUGAAGGACAUCUUCAAGUUCAUGGUCCUCUUUAUUAUGGUGUUUCUUGCCUUUAUGAUCGGCAUGUUCAUACUUUACUCUUACUACCUUGGGGCUAAAGUAAAUGCUGCGUUUACCACAGUAGAAGAAAGUUUCAAGACUUUGUUUUGGUCCAUAUUUGGGUUGUCUGAAGUGACUUCCGUUGUGCUCAAAUACGAUCACAAAUUCAUAGAGAAUAUCGGAUACGUUCUCUAUGGAAUAUACAACGUAACCAUGGUGGUCGUUUUACUCAACAUGCUAAUCGCCAUGAUUAACAGCUCCUAUCAGGAAAUCGAGGAUGACAGUGACGUCGAAUGGAAGUUUGCGCGUUCGAAACUUUGGUUAUCUUAUUUUGAUGAUGGGAAAACAUUACCUCCACCCUUCAGCCUCGUUCCCAGUCCAAAGUCAUUUGUGUAUUUCAUCAUGCGGAUCAUUAACUUUUCCAAAUGCAGACGGAGAAGGCUGCAGAAGGACAUUGAAAUGGGCAUGGGGAACUCGAAGUCCAGGUUAAACCUCUUCACUCAGUCUAACUCAAGAGUUUUUGAAUCACACAGUUUUAACAGCAUUCUCAAUCAGCCAACACGUUAUCAGCAGAUAAUGAAAAGACUAAUAAAGCGAUACGUCUUGAAAGCACAAGUAGACAAAGAGAAUGAUGAAGUGAAUGAAGGUGAAUUAAAAGAAAUCAAGCAAGAUAUCUCCAGCCUCCGUUAUGAACUUCUGGAGGACAAGAGUCAAGCAACUGAGGAGUUAGCCAUUCUAAUUCAUAAACUCAGUGAGAAGCUGCACCCCAGUGGCUGAGGUGUGAAUGACUCGGUGACCUGGAAUGCGGCUUUGACUACAGCACAAAUGUGGGCAAUAAUAUUUCUAAGUAUGAAAUACUUGAAAAACUGUGGUGUACAUUUUAAGUAUUAACUGCCUCUAUCAUGUGAAUCUUUAAAAGUUAGGUUUGAAUGGUUUUACCGUUUUAUCACGUGCGAAUGGUCUUCGUUUUCAUUGCCCGUUUGUAAGGCCUCGACAUUACAAACGGGUGACACGCCAUUGCAUUUAAAGGCCUAGUAUGACUACGUGACUGAUACUUUUGUCCAUUUUAGAAAAAAAUCCAACUACAUCUUUGCACUACCUGUUUGCCUCCAAGAGACUGUAAGCUCCUGGGGGACAGGGACCAUGUCUUCUUCAUCUUUGUGUCUCUAGCAUCUAGUACAGUGCCUGGUACAUAGUAGGUGCUCAGUAAAUGUUGUUGAAACCAACUGCCAACAAAACACAAAAGCAAAUAAAAAGGACAUCACUAUCUAGCACACCUUCUCUUGUCCAAGUGCCGAAGGGAUCGUUUUUAAAAAUAGAAACUAAAAACAUUUUACAAGCAGCUAGGACUUGGUCAUAUUUUCUUAGACAUUUUGGCAUCACUGAUAAUCCUAGAACCUUUGACCCCGAAGAAAGAAUUUAACAAUGAAAUGGGUUAAUAGAAAAUAUCAUUACAUUACAUAUUUAAGUUUCAUAGAAUUGUUCAAAGUAACACAUUAAAGAUUUUUUUUUUUUUAAGUAUGUACUGUUUGCUUGCUGUCUUAGAUUUUCAUUUACUGUUUUUCAGUCAUGUGAAUUUAGUCAGUGGGGUGGUGAAUGUUUUAAGGCUGGGAGUUACAUGUUAUUUUGGUACUAAUUUCUGCUUCUGAUGCUUUAAUGCUAAGUCAGAUGUCCAUAACUGUCUUCCUGUCUUGCCCAUUCACUCCAUUCUGAGUUUUGGAGGGGAUGUUUAUGGGGAAAAAAAUCAGGAAGAGCAGUGGCCGUGAACCUGGAAAGGUGUGUCGGGUAUCAGGUGUGCUUUAUUUCCCGUUGAGGCCUCUUUUGCCAUCAUUGCUUACAAUGAUUGACAUCCUUUUUCGUAUAAAAGCAUUCGGUGAUACUUUCUACACAAAAUAGAUGGUGAUGUAUCUGACUUAUUAUAUAACUGAGCUGAAUACCGGUAAAUCUCCACAACAACUCAUGACUUUGAUAGGAAAGGGGGUACAGGCCAGUAAGUUCCCUCGUCUUCACAGACCGUAAAACACUCAAAGUAUUUUUUUUUAACCAGGUUGGUUUAAAUGUCUCAGAAUUAUGCUUCACAUCUGAUUCUCUUCAGUCUGUUCCUGUCAAGUCUUAUAAGAAUAUGAAUUGUGAUCACACCUCAAAGAUAGUUUCAUAGGUACUAAACACCAAUUAAGUACAUGAAAAAUCAUUAUUCUCACAAAGCAAGGCUUUAUAGACCUGAAGACAAAAAUGAACAUUAAAUGGAACCACAUAAAGCUCUCUAAAGAUUUCUUAAUUUCUACUUUUGGAGACUGAAAAAAUUAAGAAAAAACUUUGUACAUUUUUGCUACCAUCGUAGACGAUUUCAUUAACUUCCGUGCUGUUCUCUAAUAGUACUUUGUCUUAAACGUUUUUCAGAUUGUAUGUAUGUUAUGUUAUGCCUCAGAACUGAAUAAAAUAUUGAAUUUUUUCAUUGUCA